UGGUAAUGCCUUGAAAAAUUGAUAUAAAAUUUAAAGAUAUUCCGUCGUGAACUUGCCAACUUUUUAAUAUGUAAACCAUAUUAUAAUUACUAUGUGUGACUUGUACAGUUUACCUUCUUAAAAUCCACAUAUGUAAUUAUUUUACAGUUUGUUACAGUGAUUGGGUCCAAGAGAACGGAUGAGUGUGAAUAGUUUUGAUGAACUACUUCAAGGAAUAGGGUCGAAAAUAACAUAUCUAAACACUAAGUGGAGAAAUUCGGUGGCACCUGAACAGCGUUUAUCGGUCACAUUGAGAUAUCUAGCCACUGGUAACAGUUUCAAUUCUUUACACUUUAAAUACCUUCUUGGAGCUACUACAGUCAGAGAAAUUGUUAAAGACAUCUGUGAACAAAUUUGGAUAUGUGUACAUCCAGAGUUUAUGCCAGACGUAUCCGAAGACAGUUGGUUGAAUAUUGCCACACAAGUUUUAUGAUAGAACUGAUUUUCCAAAUUGUAUUGGAGCUGUGAACGGGGAGCACAUAAGAUUAAAGAAACCUGAUAAGACCGGCACAGAGUUUUACAACUAUAAAAAUUAUUGCUCGACAAUUCUUGUGGGUGUAGUUGACGCCGACUAUUGUUGCAUUGCGAUAGACGUGGGAGCAUAUGGUGCAGGCAGUGAUUCUAAUAUUUUCAGAAAUUCUAAUUUCGGCAAAAGACUAAAUAAUAAGCAAUUAAAUGUUCCAAAUCCACAAAAGCUACCUAAUGAUGAAAUUGGCCAAUUUAUGCCUUACGUUCUUGUAGGAGAUGAGGCAUUCGCUCUAUCAGAACAUGUUUUGCGGCCUUAUCCCUUAUCCCUACCAAUGAA